GCUCACUAAAAUAAUUAGUUACGCCCCUGUACUACUGAUUACUUAAAAUUCAAGUAGUAUUUAUGUAACCUUUCUGGAAACUCCAGGUUAUUGUUGAGACUCGCAUUUGAACCCCUCGCCGGGGCAGAUCGUCAAAAGCUUCCUAACGAGAAUCAUCUCUAAUCUAUCGACGCUCCCGCUAUUCGUAAAAAGGCCGCAUUUUACCGGCUUUUUUUGCUAUCGUUUUAUACCGCUCAGAUAAUUCAAUCUGCUCAGUAUUAUCGACGAUGAUUUAUUUAGCGUAUUAGUGAGUGCCUUACAAAUGAACCAAAUGGAUUAUGGAAUUCAAUCAGAGCUCUGAUGUGACACGUCAUCAAGGAAUAAAACUGACCUACUCCUCACAACCCAAUAGGUCCCCAUAACAUUCGAGUGACUGCACAUUUAGCAUACUUUGCUCCCCUACAGUCGUACAGUCUCCAAACGGUCUACAAGUUGUUGGAGUUGGAGUAAAUUGAAGCCAGAUAUGUGAACAGAGAGUUUUGGAAGAAAAGUUGGUAUUAAAGAUGAUACAGAAUGUAAAGAAAGAGUUGUUUAGCUCUAAAGACAUAUUAACAAGCCUUACUACCCUCAGCAUUUAGGAAAUGAUAAUUUUUCGCAAAAUUACAUUAGGGAAGAAAUUAAAUUUAUAUCCAGGUUAAUGGCAUAAUUUGACCAAUCAGGAAGCUCGUUUUCCUACUGUCGUCCAAUCAACCCCAUUCCUCCAACGCAAAAAUUCAAGUUCUAUGCCAUGAAACAUAUACCUUUCCUUGUCUAAGUUUUGGGGUCAAUCGAUUUCGUUUAUAGGUUAUCUCCCACUAAAAAUGUCAAAAUAAAAUAAAUUUUGUUGUUAAUUUUUACAACUUAGAAAACGAUGAACCCAAGAACAAAAUGCAAAAUUAACUCGGAUGGCAGUGUUUGUUUAUCAGAUAUUUUAAGUUCGUUUAACUCGUCAAUCAAAGAAGAACAUGCCUGGGCACUAUGUUAUCAAAUUGCAAAAUAUUUUGAGGAAUGUCUGCAGACAUAUAAACAAAACUCUUAUGUUAUUACUGAGGUACAACAUGUUUAUUUGAAGUCUGAUGGGACUGUACAUGAAAACACGGGGGUUAUAGAAGAAGAUAACUCUAGGAGGACGCCCCAAAAUGAACUGGAUAUAAUCAAAGGUAUAGGGGUGGUGAUAUACGCAGCAUUAGAUUCUGAAAUUCAAAAUGGAGAGGAAAAAGUGAUUAGUUACGACUUAGAACAACUCAUUAGUGAUUUAAUUGCAGACGAUCUUAACAAUGUAGAUCAUAACCAUCAUGAAACUGACGAUGAAGGCAUCGAAAGAGAUUCCGAUGAAGAUCCUAGCACGUCAAAGCCUACAGCUCACAUAACUUUAAAAGAGGUAAUAAAACGAUGUGAAAACCAUCUAGGGUAUUUAAGUAAAACUCAAGCCGAAGCACAUUAUAAAGCAGUAGUUAGAGCUUUAGUCGCUGAAGCAAUCGAACUAUCUACUUUUUUAGAAAAAGUUGCACAAGGCAGCAUUAGCUUGCCGUCUAGUAGCACUAGCGAUCAAUUAGAGUUCUCGGAUUGGGCGAAGUUUUGGGUGCAAGUGAUGAAUGAGCUUCGCACUGGCGUUAAACUGAAGAAAGUUAAUUUCACCAAAGCACCUAUAGAAUACGAACUGACUCCCUAUGAAGUGUUGAUGAAAGACAUAAGAAAUUGUAAAUAUAACCUAAGAAAAAUUAUGGUAAACGGAGAUGUACCUUGUAGAAUAACCAAAGAUGCUCAUGCGAUUAUACUGGAGUUUAUUAGAUCUAGGCCUCCUUUGAAAAAGGCUUCUGAUAGGAAAAUUGUACAUUCACCUAGACCUCUUACCCCUCGUGAACAGUUGUUGAAUUCUAUUAGAAAAGGAAGGAAACUGAGACCUGUGCCAACACCGAGAACUUCCAAAUUUAAAAUUGACACUUCCAAAACCACUAUCGAGGUGACUAGCCCCCCUAAACCAGCUGUAAGAAAACUGAUCAAAGUAGACUUUUCCCAAUUCGAAGAUGAUGAAGACGAUGAGAUAGCCGAAACUCCAGAUUCGGCAACAGAACCCGGUUUAUGGUCUAGCGAAUACCCAGAAAUAUGUGAUACUACCUUAGUAGAUGUAUAUGAUCUAGCUACCCAUGCAUAUAGUAGGAAUAUGGCUAGAAGAAAUACUUUAGAAGUGGUAGAAGCAAAUGUAGGCUGUUAUUCAGUGCCCCAAUCUCGACCUGGCUCCAGACAAUCGUGUAAUAGUUCAGAAGCAGAAUCUGUGCAACUUGAACCUGAGGUCGCGAAGCAAAUUCAAAAUGAACUGACUUGUUCUCAGAGUUGGCAGGACACCAUAUCUCUUGAUGAUAGGCUCUCUUUAACUUUAGCGGAGAUUGUGCAUAUUCGUACUGUCCUUACCAAGGCUGAACUGGAUGCACUGCCAGUAGAAGGAAAGGUAAGACACGACGUCGAAUCAAGAAAAGUAUGUUUCCUCUGUUUAAAAACUCGGUUCGGCAUAUUCGGUCCGUGGGGCCAACGAUGCACCCUCUGCAAACGCACAGUCUGCUCCAAAUGCUGCUCUAAAAUGAACAUUCCCAUGGAACACUUCUCCAGUGUGCCUGUAGUGCUGCUCAGUCCGAGCAUAAUGUGUACACCUGAAGAGGACAACCAGUUUUUAGCAAAGACUCUAGUCAAUAGACCUGAUUCCGCAGGCGGCUCAAAAGACAUCAGUCCUGGAGGCAGCAGGUCAGGGUCCAGCAUGGACACGCGUCAGGAGAAUGAAGCUGGGGCGUUGAACAAGUUUAAGACGAGGGCGACUGCUGUCGCAAGAGUAUCACGAGCUGCGGAGAGGUACAAGAACUCUCAGAUGAUGGUAUGCCAAGAUUGCAGAACGAUGGUGCUCCAGAUAAUAAAGUCUGCAAGAGCUAACCGAACUGCGAUAAGAAACAAAACGAUUCAGAGUCUAACAUUGAAUCUAUCGCCCGUAUUCUAGUAAGCUCAAACUUGUGACAGCUCCCGUAGAUCUGUAGACUCUGUUACGAUGAAUAGUAGAAACGGAAAUCGGUCAGAAUCCGCAACAAAGUGACGGUAUCAAUGUUUGGUAUAAAUGUUUAAGUUAUUCGAGAAGUCGCUUUACAAAUAAGAUAUUUUAACAUCCCAUUAAUCAUUGAAAAUUAGUCAUUUUAGUACUUACAGUAAACACUUGGAUAUUAGUACAGUUAAAAUAAUUAGAGGAUAAUAAAUUAAACGUUUUUUUACUUUUAAUGACAAAAAAAGCAAGUCCAUUAGAGGAACCGAAUUCAAAAUUAUUUUACACAUCAUAUUUGAAACAUUAUUUGGUUAAAACAUCUCGUGUUUGUUGGUAAAAAUAUAUUAAUUUGUCUGGACUAAAUUACGGUUCUGUUGAUAUAAUCUUAAGACUUGGUAUUCGCACAAUGUUGCCAAACUGAAUUUUGUUCUAUUCGGUUUAAAUUUUUUAGCCGAUUUCCGAGCCUACUAUAACUGUUCCUUUUAAAUGAUGCAGUUUUUAGAAUUAAUAAAUCGUGAGGAAAGGUAUAUGUACCCGUAUAUACAGUUGUAUAUUUUAUUGAAUAUAAGCUUACAUUUAUUUUACCAUUUAUACCAGUUUUUAGGUUAUGAGUCGACACUUUUGACAGCUGAUACAAACCAAAUAGGCAGUUUUAGAUAUUUGGAAAAGAUUUUUGAUACACUUAACUACCAAAAAUUAUGCUUAUUCUGAUAGUUGAUUUUCUAGUGAACGGAUUCCGCUAUUUUUUAAUUGUUUUAGAUUCUUUGUUUGGUAUUUACACUGUUGGACAAAGAAAGAAAAUGUUUUUUAUGAUAAGUUUUUUUAAACAAUAUUUUGUUGCUUUUUUGCUUUGUAUUUGAUCCUGUCUCAACUGUCAACAGUUUCGUCAACCACAUUAGUCGUACAACUGAAAAAAUCAAAAUUGUAUUGUUUUUUGACCAAACAACAUUUUAAUUUUUACCAAAUUUGAUAUUACUAUGUCAGCUUGAUGUUUGCAUUGAAAAUUCAGUGUAUUUUAUUAAUAAAGUUACCUAUAUCGGUUUUACUAAUUUUUAUGUACAAUCAAUUGUUGAAUUUUAUUUCUGUGUUAAAUUAAUUUAGUUUUUUUUAUUUGCCAAAGAUUAUUUAUUUGAAAUUCUUGCCUGUGUUUCUUCUUGCCAAAGAUUAUUUAUCUAGAAUUCGGAAAUUUAUUUAUAUUGUAUUAAAAUACAAGGUGAUCCAUAACUAAUAUAUCCCAAACAAGCUUCCUAAGUUUACUAGAUUCAUUUUAUCUUUAUAUUUUCAGGUAUUUUUACUUUUACUUCACAAUUUCAAAGGGUCUCCCAGAACAGUAACAUCACCAAUUUAAAACAAUUUAUUUGACUUGUUUCUUGUCCUGAUGCAAAAUCAUUCAUUUUUAGUUGUGAUCAAUUGUUAAUACAACCUAAAUAAAGUUCUUAGAUUCACCAGAUUCAUUUUAUGAACUUCAUAAUAUAUUACUUUACACAGUAAAAGUGUCUCCUGGAAGAGUAACAUUAACUUCCUGAAUUCUUUACUGCAUUCAUUGACGAAGCAUAUUUAAUAAAACUACGACAAUCGUCACCAUCUUUAAAUUUUUUUCACAAACUGUUGUUUCCAUAAUAUUGGUCCAUCGAGCCGGAUUAAAGUAGUUUUAUAGCUGUAUGAAUACACAGUUGCAGAAUGUCAGUUUUCGCACCAUUCUCUGUUACCACCGUUUUUAAAUAUAUAUCUACAGGGGUCCUACAGCCUCUGCCGCAUUUCGAUCUCCACCUUUUUCGGCCGGCCCAUUCUUCCUCAUUUAUGGCUCUAUCUCUCAUUAUUCCUCUGAUUCCUUCUCUCCAUUCCAGUGCUGGUCUUCCUUUCCUUCUUCUAUUUCAUGGAACAUAGUUUAAGGCCUGUUUUGGCCAUCGUUGACUCGCAUUCAUUCGCAUUACAUGUCCGUACCAUACAAGCUGUUUGGAUUCUAUUGUAUCUACGGUAUUGUAAAUCCUUUCUGUUCUUCUUUUUAUUUCUUCAUUUGGGAUGCAAUCAAGUCUAGUAUCCGACACGAUAUCUAGAUUUGAUCCUCUUCCUAGAGGAUCUUCUUAGAUAGUCCAUUUCUACUAUUUCCAGUUUUUUCUUCUCAUUCAUUGUCAUUUGCCAACAUUCAGAUCCGUACGUCAAAAUUUGUUCUACAACGGACUUGUAGAUUGUCAUUUUGAUUUGUAAACUAAUUUUAGGAGACCAAAGUAACGAAUUUAGUGUUUGUACCACAUUUUGGCCCUGUUAUAUUUUCUGCUGGAUGUCCCGUUUCGAUGUUCCUUCCUUCGCUAUGACUGUCCUUAGGUAUUUAAAUUCUUCGCAUUUUUUUAUAUCUCUAAUCGAAAGUUGUGGGUCUCUUUCUUCGUCCUUUAUUCUAAGAUAUGUUCCGUUGGUGGUUUACGGAAACAAUUAAAUGAAAUUACAAUAAGUGUAAGACAACGAACAAUAAUAUAUUUAUUUAUUUUUGGUUAAAAAGGCGUGCUUAUAUCUCGUAAGAGGGUUUGUUAUUCUUUGCGGGACGAGGGUUUGUGUCAGACUGCCUGUGGAUGAACUAAAAACAUUAGUUUUACAUUUCUGUGGUUGGCCAGGUCAUCAACAGGCCAUCAACAUCUGGUGUUUUAAAAGCUGAGAAGGCAUUUUAGCUGAAUACUGAUAUAUUUCGUUUCUUAAAAUUUAACAGGCCCUUUAUGCAUAGUGUUUGUGAAUUUUAAAAUGGGACGUAUUAUUUCAUUUUGAAAAAGUUAUUAAAAAUUAAAAUUAGCAAAAUAGUAAUUGAAGCGUGUCGCCACAGAUAUUCUGUUUUGUUUAUAUUGAUUGUGAGUGCCCAAUUUUCGUAUUCUUCGGUUAACUUAAGAAUCAUAUAAUCCUUGUCUUCCUAGUCAUUUGCCAUAAUCACUUGAUCGUCUGCGAAGAAAAGAUUUAUGAACUUGUUUCCAAGUUCUAUUCCCAUUCCUAUGCAUUUUCUCCUCCAGUUGUUUAAUGCUUCCUGAAUAUAGAUUUUGAAUAGAGUUGGGGACAAAGAACAUCCGUGUCUUAAGCCUUUUGUUACAGGCGUAUUUAAAUGUUGACGUAUUUAAAUAAAGUUAAAUAUUCGGAGGAGUAUCGUUUUCACUUUUAACUGUUUUCAGUCACUUUUACGGGUUUUCUGCCUGUUUAAUAUCUAAUAUAGAGUCAGAAUGAUUUUAAUAUAUUAUGAAACAAUUGGAUCACUCCCUAUACUACACAAAAGCUUAUUUUUGAGUCUCUAAUUAUUGUUUAAUAUACACUGUUUAUUGGACUAGAUUACUAUUAACCUAUUUUUUUUUUCAAAAAUUAGUGUAUUUUGUUAAUUACCAAAAAUGGUUGUAUGGGCCAUUCCACGAACAUACGCCUCUUUUGGAUUAAUUCGACAACGAAUAUUUUACUGUGCAACAUAAGAAGUACGAAAGUAAAUGGCGCUAAUAAUUAUUCCAAUAAACAACAAUGUAAUUUGCAAUUUACUUUCGUUCUUCUUAUUUUGCACAGUAAAAUAUUCGUUGUCGAAGUAAUCCAAAACAAGCGUAUGUUCGUGGAAUAGGGUAUAUCAGUUUUUAUAUACAAGAAAAAUGUUAUAUUUUAUUUACUGUGUUAAAUUUAUUUAGUUUUUUUUAUUUGCCAAAGAUUAUUUGAAAUUCGUCUGUGUUUGUUCUUGCCAAAGAUUAUUUAUCUAGAAUUGGCAAAUGUACUUAUUAUAUUAAAAUACAGGGUGAUCCAUGGGUAACUGAACGUAAACAAGGUUUUCAGGUUCUUAAAAUUCAUUUUGAUUAUUUCAAGCUUUCGAUCUCAUCUUUAGAGUCAUCUUCAGGACUUUUUACUGUAAUUCAAGAGUUGCCAGAGACAAGGGCGAAUGGGGGAUUGUUCUUAAGAAGGCUUUGGCUCAUAAAGAGCUGUAACGCCACUGAUAAUGAUGAAUUAUUCAAGAUUGUGUAUUAUUUUAGAGUAAAAAAUGGAUUUCAAUAACCCCCAACGUUUUGAUGAAAUCUGGACUGUAAGGUGGCUAAUGAAAUGACACCCACGGCAUCUGCAGCAAUCUUGAAAUACUUUAUCCGAAGCAGUGGUAGCAGUGUAAGAUACCUGGGAGAUUGGUUGAUCCCAUCUUCUGGCGCCCGUAAUUUAGUCUUAUUUUAUUUAUCUCCUAUAUUCUUCUAUUUUUACUAUAUUAUUAUAUUUAUUCUGUCUAUUUUAUGAACAUCUAUUCUUAUUAUUUCCGCUACCGUCUUUGACAGGCAUGCUAAUUGGCCGUAUCCAUCCUUGAGUGUCAAGUUGUCAUUCUCUUGCAUAUCUAGCUAGUCAUUCAAUUUACAUCUAUUUAUUUCUAAUUUUAUUAUCAGUUCAUAUCACCUUCUUUAUCAAUUCUAUUCUAUUUGUCUUUGCAUCUUCCUCUACUAAUACUACUGCAAAAAUAGUAUUUUGUUACUUUGGCUUCUCAACGUAGAAGCCCUUCAUUUUGAUACACUUAGUAUUUAUUUCUUUUCCUUACUUCUGUUGGAGUUUAUCUUUUCUCUUUACGUUCACUCCAACAGAAGCUUUCUUUUUUGUUACAUUGGCGCCCAACGUGGGGCGCAACAUGGGCGCAAUACACUUAGAAUCUAUUUCUUUGUCUACUUCUGUUUGAGUUUAUAUUUCUCUUUACUUUCACUCCAACAGAAGUUUUCUUUUUUGUUACAUUGGCAUACAUUUAUCCGAAUAGUUUCUUAUGUUGAAGAGAAUCCGUUCGUUUUUAAUUUUGUUCUAGAGUGUAAAGAAAAAGAUUUUUGACAAACUUGUAUAGUAUAUGUCAGUGCAAGAAAGAAUACUAAUAAAAUAAAAAAUCACAACUUGACACUUCAAAGUAUUUUCUUCGUUCGCUUUUGUUCAUUGGUCCUUCGAACAGGAUAAAACUAGAGUUUUAUAGCUGUAUGAGCAGGCUUCUAUGCGAAUGGCAGUUUUUAUCGUCUAGUAGUUAUCGUCUUUAAAUCAAGUUCAACUAAGAGCUGUGUUUGUAAUUAUCAUCGUUUUUACACAUUUGAUGAUGAUUCUCUCUAUUUACUAUGUAUGAUUCAGACCCGAACGAGUUUAAGGUAUUCUGAAACCGUUGGAUCACCCUUUAUACUACAAAGAAGCAUUUUUGCACUUUUGAACGUACCUAUAAUCAAACUGAUGAGAAGUCAGCUCUUAUAUUUUAACUUUUUUUUUAUUUUUGUUCUAUCAAAUCGAAUACAGAAUCAUCUAGGGACGGUUUGCUUCAUAGGCUAUUUUUAUUUUAUAAAGACAUUUUUAUGUUAAAACUAUUUGUGUUACUGGACCGUCUUAAGAUGAUUUUGGGACAUUAUUUAUAUAUUUUGAACUCAUUUAUAAGUGUACGGACCAUCUGAGAUGAUUUUGGUACACUAUAUGUAUAUUUUGAACUCAUUCAUGUAUUUAUCAUACUAUAUUCUUUCUUUACUAGGUGUUACUUACAAUUUUUGAACAAUAUUUUGCUGUGAUAACGUUGGUAUAUAAUAUAAAGAGUCACAAACAAAAAUAUGCAAUUAAAUCUCUUAAACGGUGGAAGAUAUAAGUCCUAGACCAUAUUUUUAGUGCUAUUUCAGGUUUUUCUUUUCUUAAUAUCGUCAUAUGUAACUAAGAUUAAUAUUAUUAGUCAUCAUAACAAUUCUCUACUACAAUAAUUGACAUUAGUGCAAUUUAUUGUGUCAGUUACUGGACUCAGGAGAUUCAGGCACAGGAAAAGGUGCUAUUGAAAACUCCAGAGAGGUACAACCUGGAACUUGAGUUCAAUAUUAGUUGUUAUAAUAAUAAUAAACUUAGUUAUGAAUAUCCAUCACAUAUUAUACUUCAUAUACAUUCCAAAUAUUUAGAAAUAACAAGGACAAUCAUCCAAGGUACCCCUUGAUUCUGUGUAAAUAUUUUCGAUUACUUUUCUUCGCCUUAUAUUAUAAUACUACCAGAUAUGAUGGUGCACAGCAAAACCUCCACUGGUUUGUAAAACACGAAAUUCACACAACAAAUUUUCAACCAGACCAAAGAAUUCCUUCAGAUACGACAUUAUUUAGACGCGACACAUUUAAAUGACUUCUUCUCCUUUACGUGCCAUCUCCGCGACAAAGGUUGGCAAUCAUCACUGCUAUUCUAACUCUCGACACUACAGCCCGAAAGAGUUCAGUUGAGCUGCAUCCAAAACAUUCUCUGAAGUUUCUCAGCCAUGACAUUCUUCUUCUACCUAUGCUGUGCCUUCCUUGAAUCUUUACCUGCUUCUUCCUUUUUUAAAUUUAAAUGACUAUACCCAGUAAACAGACCAUUAUAGCGGCAUUGGCUAAGCAAUAAGUCCGCGAUAAUACACAUUUAUAACAUUUAUUCUAACAUGACAUUUAAGUUAAAUGUGACAGUUGUCAGAAUCGUAAUCAGCCAAAGAUGAAAAGGGUAUUACAGUAUAACCCUUUUAUUUGCAAUUUGCCAUAAAAACAAAUCAAUUGUGUUUAUUGCAUUUAUAAAAUGCUAUUUUCUUUGACUUGCGUAGUCUUAUAAAUUGUACAGAUUAUAGUCGUAUAUAUAAUUCGUAAAUCAUUUUUUGUUCGAUUAUAGCGCCAUCUAUUAACAACUAGAAUAAAUGUUAUAAAUUAUUGUGAUCACGGACGUACCUUUUUUCUGUCACUUUCGACUUAAUGCGUUAGAAAGAAAUCGAAAAAUUGUGACGCACUGAAAGAUGCCUCUGAGAACGAGAUUAUUUAGGAUGGCAGUAAAUAAAAUUAAUAUAGCUAUGAUGGUAACCAACGUUCUGAAAGGACAUGGUACAUGAAGAUGUAUGUUUCUUUGUUAUAAAGUUGAAAAUAUGUUGUGUUAAUAUGUUAUAAUCUUGUUCACCUCACAUCACUUAUAUUGCUAGAGCCACACAUUGAUACUUAUACGACAAUUCAGCCUAUUAAACGAUUUGUUAUAUUGUUUUGCUUACAAAAUCCUUCAUCGAUCAUAUCUUGUAAAAAGCAUCAUCUCGAAUUGCACCCAAUAUAAAUAAAUUCAUUUAAAAAAUCUAUAUCUAAAGUGGUAUUGUUGUUUCUCCAAAGAAAACCUGAGAUUCUAACCUAUACCCUGUUUACUACAAAAACACUUAUACGCUUUUUUAAGAUAUCUGACGUCUGAGCAUUGCCAAAACAUUAGAAUAGGACUCUCCAUCAUGACCAUGUUUAUUGUACAGAGAGAAGCUAGGCAUCAUUACAUGCCAGCGAUAUGUUUCUUUUGUUUUUGUUUACUGUACAAAUAAUAUCUAUAAUUCUUUAUUCUAAUUAAUGAUGUCAAUCGGGUUUUAUUACUUGCCGAAAUAUUAUCAUAGUGUAUAAUUAAUAAAAUAUCAUUUAAUAUUUUAAGGCUAAAAAUGACAGAUGCAUGUACAGAAUAGUAUACGAAUAAAAUAUAAAAUAUACGAAUAAAAAGUAUUUUUAUUUCAAUAUCUAUGUUUUUGUAUUUUUUUAUUUUUUAGCGUUAGUUUAGUAAUAUAAUAGUAUAUUAUGAAACGAGCAUUUAAUGAUGGUCAUUAUGAAGCGAGUAUGAUGGAUACGAAACGAGCCGCCUAGUGGCGAGUUUCGUAUAGAGUACGAGCUUCAUAAUGAUAAUUUAAUGCAAGUUGUAUACACGAUUUUUUCUAUGAUCGUUCACAACAAAAAAUAUAUUCAAAUUUAUUAAUUUUAUAACGCAAAGAAAUUAAGUAGUUUGUCAGUGUCAGUUUGUUUACAUGUUGAGAACUGUCAAAGCGUAUGUAUUUGACUCGUCAUUGGUAACUGCGCGUGUGUCACCUUCAUCGCGAAUGCCAUAUCGCGAUUCUAUUGGUUAAAAAUCUGUAUCGUAAUGAAAAUCUGUAUUAUAAUGAAGUUCAUUAUGAUACAGGUAGCGACAUCAUAAUUGAUAUAGUAUGAGAAUAGAAAAAUAAUAAUAAAGUACAUGUGAAAGCAUAAUUUAGAUGAAAAAAACUGAAUCCUUUAUUUCCUUAUAAACAAUCACGUGGAAUACCUACAAUAUUUUAUUUGUACUAAAUACUAUUCAGUAGGUACAUGCAUCUGUCAUUUUAGCCUUAAAAUAUUAAAUGAUCUAUUUCAUUAAUUAUACACUAUGAGAGUAUUAUUGUUAAGGGGAUGGGUACGUAUUUUCGGCUGCAAUGCUAUUCAAAUGUGGAUUCAUUUUUUUCGAAUCCUGAGAAAACUGAUAAGUAUUUUUGAAAAAUUUAAACGCAGAAUGAAAGAUUACGUUCUUACCGAGGGCUGAAAGUCCCUGAGAACUUCUGUAAUGUUUAUUUUAAUAAAUUACAGGGGUGAAAAACUAAGAGAAAAUGUAGUGUGAUUUUUAAUAUCAAAUAUCUCAUUCAAAAGAAAUUUUUUAUUUAUUCUAAAGGACUUUCGGCCCUCGAUAAUAAUUUAGUCUUUCAUUCUGCGUUUAAAUGUUUCAAAAAUAUUUAUUAGUUUUUUCAGGAUUUGAAAAAAUGGACACCAUGUCCGUGGUGAUAUUUUCCAAAUCUAACAUUCGUUAUCUUUGUCAUACAACGCACUGAGUCAAAUAGAAUAAUAUGACAACACAGUGACAGUUUUAAAUAUUUGACAUGGCAUCGGGAAUAUUUUGAGUUGUUGAUUAAAUAAUAUUGAUAGUGUAUUUGAUAAAUAAUUGAUUUAAGACGUGAACUUAAUAAAAAGUUAUUUAUUGUUUAUUAUUUAUCGAAGAUCCGAGCAGAGAAUACAUCAGGAUAUAUUCUGUGAUCCAAAUAAUUUUUUGUUAAAGAUGUUCAAAAUUGUAAGCGUUCCAUAGUAACAAUAUAUUAUUAAAAAAUCACUUUAACACUUUUCCUCUUUUCUCGAUUGAGUAUUAGUUUUUGUUGUACAUAUAAAUUAUUACAAUCACUGAAUACAUAGUGAAAAAAUUAUCACAUUUAUUAACUGAAUUAAUAAUUUGCAAUUAUACAAAUAACAGUUAUCCAAGAACAUUCAAAAGCCAUCUCUUUAAAGUUAAUGAUGAGAUUGUCAAGUAGAAUGACAUUCUAGUAAUGUUUACAUAUCGUAACCAAUGUGAAUUUUACUAGACGCAAUUUGCCGUGUAGAGACAGAAAAAGUAGGGAUAGCCUUAAAAUAUUUGCGAAUUAUGUACCGAUGGCCUUAAUUAACAUAUUUUGGCACGUAAUGAAAACCGAUUGACAUUAAAUAAAUAAUUAUAGAUUUUAUUUGUAUAGUAAACAAAUAUAAAGAAUAAUAUCUUUGACAAGUAAUGAUGCCUAGGUUCUCACUGUACAAUAAAUAUUUACUAUGAGAUCUCUAACGCGAGAAUUUUAAUGUCACCGUUGCAUGUGGUUGUCUUUUUAAAGACAGAUCACAUGCUAUGAUUUUUUUGUGACUGAUAUUCUUGAGUUGGGGUUGAUUUCAUGUAAUCGAAUGAACUAUCUUUCAGUAAAGUCGUCCCAGGAACGCAACUCAUAAAUAUUGUCAAUAUCAUUUUAAAGUUUUCUACUUUAAAAUGUGUCAUAUGUAUCUGAAUUGCCGAUAUAAAUGAGUCAAAUUAAAUAAAUUAUUAGAAGAAUUUUUUUACUAAGCAACAACAUUUUUGUUUAUAUUAAUAGUAUUUUGUAUUUUGACAACGGCACCCGAUUUGGGCGUCGAAACGUUAAUAAAAAUCAUUUUUUAAUAAUAUUGUGGCUUAUUUCCCAUUCUAAAUAGUUAAAACAAUAAAUAUGGUCAUGAUGACAAGUCAUAUUAUAAUGUUUUGGCAGUGCUCUGACAAAUCCUAAAUGACGUAAGCGUGUUUUUAUAGUAUAAGGGGUAUACAAACCUGUAGUGAUACUAUUAGUGAAAUAUCAAUUGAAUAGUUACUAAAUUCUAUGGCUUGUUUUCCUAAAUAAGAAUUUUAUUUUGUAUUACCUAACUAUAGCAAAUCAUUAGUGUUAUUGUUAGUGAAAUUAGUAGAUCAAUUGUAAUUCUCGUAUGUUGAAAAUAGCAGUAUUUUAUAUCCUCAAAUUUCAAAUAUAAAAGAGAGAGUAACUUUAUUUUAUUUUGGUAACCGUAAGUGUAUAUGUAAAAUUUUAUGUAUGAAUGUAUUGGAAAAUAAAAGUAUAUUGAUCGUUUAA